GAAAAGCCAUCCCCAGCCAAUGAGCGGUUAGGGCAGGCAGCACGUUGAGGUGUAAGGCGUCCCUCCCCUUUUCUCUUUGUGAUCAACGUUGCGCGUGUUGCUGGAUCGGAUUAAACACUCUUAUUAAAGAUGCAGGGAAACCGAGGACCACGGCCAGAGCAGCAGAACCAUGGCCCUCCCCGCAUGCAGCCCAACCCCCAGCAGGAACAACAGGGGAAGCCGUCAGGAGCCGACAGCAAUGGCCAGCAUACUGAUGCUGGAGACCAGAGUAGCCCAAAUGCUGCUUUCACUAUAGACCUGCAGAACUUCAGGAAGCCAGGAGAGAAGACCUACACUCAGAGGAGCAGACUGUUUGUGGGGAACCUGCCUGCGGGAACCACAGAAGAUGAUGUGGAGAAGCUCUUCUCCAAAUAUGGAAAACCUUCUGAGAUCUUCAUCAACAAGGACAGGGGAUUUGGCUUCAUCAGGCUGGAAACGAAGACGCUUGCAGACAUUGCAAAGGCAGAACUGGAUGACACGCUUUUCCGUGGCCGCCAGAUUCGUGUGCGUUUUGCCACACACGGCGCUGCACUGACGGUUAAGAACCUGCCACAGUUUGUGUCGAAUGAGCUCCUGGAGGAGGCCUUCUCCAUGUUCGGCCCGAUCGAACGGGCCAUUGUCAUUGUCGAUGAUCGCGGCAGGCCCAUUGGAAAGGGCAUUGUGGAAUUUGCCAAUAAACCAUCUGCCAGGAAAGCUCUUGACCGGUGUGCCGACGGAGCCUUUCUUCUCACCACAUUCCCCAGGCCUAUUACUGUUGAGCCAAUGGAGCAGCUGGAUGAGGAUGAGGGGCUUCCUGAGAAGCUUAUUAACAAAAACCCACUAUUCCACAAGGAGCGUGAGCAGCCACCCCGCUUUGCCCAGCCAGGCUCAUUUGAGUACGAGUACGCGAUGCGCUGGAAGGCUCUGAUGGAGAUGGAGAAGCAGCAGUACGAGCAGGUGGACCGGAACAUCAAAGAGGCUCAAGAGAAACUGGAGGCCGAAAUGGAAGCAGCGCGACACGAGCACCAAGUCAUGCUGAUGAGACAAGACCUCCUGCGCAGGCAGGAGGAGUUGAGGAGAAUGGAGGAGGCUCACAGCCAGGAGGUGCAGAAACGGAAGCAGAUGGAGCAACGUCAAGAGGAGGAGCGACGGAGGAGAGAGGAGGAGCUCCGUGUCCACAGUGAGGACAUGAUGAGGCGGCAGCAGGGGCAGGGAGGCAACUUCUCUGAGAAGAGAGAUCCAGACAUGAGGAUGCAUAUGGGAGGUCAAGGAAUGUCCAUGAACAGGAACCCAAUGGGUGGAAAUCCCACAGCAGCAGGUGCUGCCAGCUUGGCUUCCAACGAGCAGGGGUCUGCCAGUAAUCCAGGUGGUCUGCCACUUCCCUUUCCUCGUCCCGGACCUGCUAUCGAUUUUGGCACCAACAAACGCCGCAGAUUCUGAGACCACCGGCCAAACAUCUUUUCUUUCUUUUUUUUUUUACACACUGGAAGAUAUUUUUAAGUGCAGACUGUGCUUUUGUAGAGCCUGUGUAUGCAUUUCACAAAUGGGAUUUGUGUGGGCAAAAUAUGUUUUAAACUUAGCUUGACAUGAGUUUUAAGUUACUCCCUAAGAUUUCCCAUCCCCAGGAGACUUGAGGGACUGUUUCCAGGCAUUCAUCAAGUCCAGUUCUGGUAUAAUUGACCGUCUAGCUAAUGAUUCCUUACUACUAAGUGUUUCCACCUCAGGACGAGGGUUUAUCUGUGCAGGAAACAGCCCCAGGGUGGACAUUCAGCUUUGUAUAGUCCUAUUUUCUCCAUUUUAUUUUCUUCUGUUUUGUAUUUCACCCAGCAGUGACCUUCUCUAUUGUAGAAAUUAGCUUUUCUCUGUCUUGUCCUCUGAAAUGCCUGAAUUUCUAGGCAACUUUAAAUAAAUUCAUAACUACAUGUUACACACA